CGUACAGGUUGCGCACAUCCCGUAGUAAGUUAGCGGUUUGGAUAAUGGCGUCUAUCUCCGAGAUGCGCUCGGUUUUGGGAAAAUGAAGCGCAGAAGAGCUCAUUUCCAGUGAUUCACGCGGCGUUUCCAUUCACGGACUUUGCCUCAGUUCAGGUUCAGAUCUCAGUCUUGACGAAAUGAUGAAACUUAAGUCAAACCAGACGCGCACAUAUGAUGGAGACGGCUACAAGAAGCGGGCCGCCUGCCUUUGCUUCAGGAACGACACCGAGCAGGAGGUGUUACUGGUGAGCAGCAGCAGACAUCCAGACAAAUGGAUCGUACCUGGAGGUGGAAUGGAGCCUGAAGAAGAGCCCAACGUCGCUGCUGCCCGAGAAGUCUGUGAAGAGGCUGGAGUCAAGGGCACUUUAGGAAGACUAGUAGGAAUAUUUGAGAAUCGAGAUAGGAAACACAGAACGUAUGUGUACGUUCUCAUCGUAACCGAAGUUCUGGAAGAUUGGGAGGAUUCGGUGAACAUUGGUAAGUCCUCCGGGUUAGGAUUUGGGAGAAAAAGGGAAUGGUUCAAAAUUGACGAUGCCAUACAAGUGUUGCAGUGUCACAAACCAGUACAGGCCUCUUACUUCACGGCUCUACAGGAAGGCUGUCUGAACAGUAACGGGACGCCCCUGGUGGCCACGAUAGGCGGAGGAGACCUGUCACCCACCUACAGCAUUAAUCAGAGCUCCGUCUCUGAUAUGAGAUAACUAACGCAAAACACAGACACUCCGGAUGCUUCCACCACUCUUGCUCUUACUUUCAUUGCUCCAUACUUAUUAUUUUUCUUUCUCACAAAAAAAAAUCAAACAAAAAGAAAUAGACACAAUGGUUUGCCAAGGCCUUUUGAGCGCCAAGAAGGUGGCCCAGACAUCAAGAGUCGGUGGAAUAUUCGAUGCGUUUUGUAAAUGUGAUACUUCUGCGCUUUUUUUUCCCUCCAUGUUUAAAUUCUCCUUUCAUGCGGACUGUUGCAUGAAGACCCUCUUUCGUCCCUUUUAGUGCCCGCUCUGCGGCUCAUGUGUGAGAUUAAACGAAUGCAAGAAUUAC